GCUGGGAGCCUCGGCUGAAGCACGGCGCAUGCGCAGACGCGAGAGUGCGUUGCGCUCCCUAUUCGGCGGUGAUUCUGGUUCCCAUCAGGUCUUUGGGGGCGGAGGCCGAUCGUGGGGUCGGGAGACUCCUGAAAUACCGCACACACGACAGAGGCAGUGGGUAAAGUAGCGUUUGGUGGCACGCUCCUCCCAGCUAUGGAGCCCUCACCACUGCACCUUCCUAUCCCCCACGGCUGACCGCGCUGAACGCAGGCUUCUCACACGGACGGUAUGAGGUGGACCACGCACAGUCAUGGAAGUCUUCGGCAAGCAGAGCCCCUGUCCAUGGGCACCUUGGGCUCAUUUCGCCUUCCUGCCCCGCUGACCAGAAUGUGCCCCGUGCCCUGGGCACACGGGUACAGGGAGAAGCCGGCAUUGCUGUCCCCGGGAGCCGGAGUCCCUUGGGUCCAGGUGGCCGGCAAGAAGGACCACCCCGCCCUGCUCUCCCUGGAAGAGAGUGACCUGGAAGAGCAGUUUGUGAAAGGACACGGUCCGGGGGGCCAGGCAACCAACAAGACCAGCAACUGCGUGGUGCUGAAGCACGUGCCCUCCGGCCUGGUUGUCAAGUGCCAUCAGACGAGGUCCCUCGAUCAGAACAGGAAGCUGGCUCGGAAAAUCCUGCAAGAGAAAGUGGACGUUUUCUACAACGAGGAAAACAGUGUCGCUUACAGAGAAAGACGCGAAGCAGAGAAGAAAAAGCAAGAACGGAAAAAGAGAGCAAAGCAGACCCUGGAGAAGAAGAGGCUGCUGAAGGGGCUCUGGGAGGCCAGUAAGGGCUCCACGGCGGGAGCAGCAGACGCUGAGUGAGGAGCCCCAGAGGCUUCGAGGAAGAAGGCGGGGUCCCUCACCCGCGGGGCUACAGGGCUUCAAAACAGCAUUUGAGCCGUUUAGAAAGCCUCGAAUUGUUUUACAUGGCAGAUUAAACUGUGGACAGAGAUGCACUUAAAAUAAACCUGAGAGAAAUGCA